GGCUAUCUCCCAAAUGGUUACCCGCCAGUAUUGUAACUAUCCAGUAUUGAAAUAUUUUACUCGCUAGUAGUGUAACGUAUUCCGUUAGUGAAAAACAAUGCAAAGCGGAAGCUCAUGGGUGCUGUGGCAGUUGAUUGACUCUGCCUUUCCUUCAGGAGGGUUUGCGCACUCAGGAGGGUUGGAGGCAGCCAGUCAGUAUGGGCUGACACCGACGUAUACACAGCUCAGCGGGGCUGUGACUACAGCAGUGCAACAGGUGGCGAGUCAGAGUCUGCCGAUAAUGCACCAGGUGCACACUAACCCAGAGUCCGUGUGGGAGGCAGACCACUUUCUCGACUGCUCACUGACCAACAACGUGGCCAACAAGGCGUCGCGUUCGCAGGGCGAGGCCUUGCUCUCGUCUGCCAUUGAUUGCUUCCCCACCGAUUCCGAGACGUCUCAGUGCGCAUAUCUCAGUCAGAUGAAGGCGGAAGGGAGAGCUCGGCGUCGGCACAACGCGCGCAACAAGAACGAACCCAACCAACCCGUCUACUUCCACUUCGCAGUAAUCUUUGCAGCUGUAUGUAGAGAGCUCAAGAUCCCCGUCGACGACAUGUGCGACGCCUUCCUCUUCAUCAGUCUUCGCGGAUUGACUGGUGCCGCUGUUCGGCUGGGUCUCAUAGGGCCCAUCCAGGCGCAGCGCCUCCAAUUCCAGCUCACGCCUGCGACGAGUGCUAUGUCCAGCCACUACAUAGCCCAGAGACUGCAGGACAGCGCCUCGACCGAUCCCAUCUUGGACCUGGUGCAUAGCAACCAUGACUCACUCUUCUUCAAACUGUUCAUCAGCUGAGGGGAGUGAAGGCACCCGCGCACGGGCUUAUCUGAUUGGUUGUCGAGACAUGAGUUAUCGCCAGUGGGCCAGUAGAUGACCAUUGCACUGUCGGUCGGUGUGGCUACAUAUGGUUCUCCACCGACUGCAGACUUCAGUUUCGUAGUCUACUGGGGGUGGUGUGUAGACUGACACCCUAAACCCAAGCCCUUCCGUGCGGUCCUGAUGUAACUCGGAUGGCUGGAGUUACAUUGGAAUGGCCUUGCAAUCUGAUACUUCACAGCCCACCACUACAAAGCACUACAAAGCGAAAUGAGAGAACUUGGGCAAGAAGAGGACCGACUCUAGACCGCAUUGAUGGGGUCGCUCGAGUGUCAGUGUCGUGUGCUAUUUGAUACGCGGGUGGCGCUGCAGUCUACCACCGCGUGGUACGAGAUAUGGUGUGUGGUACCAAGAACCAUCCACUGCAUCUCAUAGACACCACACGGCGCAUAGACCUGCGUUAUUCCGACUGCUUGUGCGGUGUAUAACACACCUCAGCGGGAAGGAAUGUCGUACCAUUGCGCGUAGUGGAGAGUGACGCGUGUGGUAGGAGUGGACGGGAGACUACGCAUCGAAUGAGUGGUGUGAGUAGGGGGACUUCAUAUCCAGCACAGGAAACAGAGCGCACCACAGUAGCUGAAAUGCCACAUGUGACGUUCAUAUAUGCGGCACAAGAUACACAUCCCGCGUACUAUAGGGCUAGUUCUUGAUUAAAUAUGUCCCCUUGCACGUAUGUGGGGCGUGUGGAAUAGACACCGGUCGGUUAGCUGUACUUGUAUGUAGAAGGAUCAAAUGUACUGCGAACCGGAGGUUCAAUUGGAGGCGUCAUAUAAACCUGUUUAUUGUACCUCUGUACCUCGAGGCUGACAUCAUUAGAAACGACCAAGAGGGAGUGGGUAAAUCUGGUCCCUCCAUCCAACAACUGUUUAUGUACGAAAGUGCGGCAUAGAAUGCAUUCAUAGCUCACUGAAUACAAGAAGGAUAUCACAAUGUACAGAAAAAACUUGGAGAUGCUUUGGUUCAGUGCUAGCUUAGGUUUAUAGAGUCUUAUUCCAAAGUAUUUAAGUAACUUAUUCUAUUUAUUCCGUCGUGCACUCGGGAGAUUGUCCCAUAUCGGAUUGUUGUGGAGAUUAAUG